CCGGGUCUUUCACCAACCAUCAUGUUGUUGGAAGUCACGCCUUCGAAUUCCCAAACUCAACUUACUUUGGGAAAUUGUACUCUCGUGUCCCUGUUCUGACGAACUGCAACGCCAGCCUAGCGGAUUAUUGGAUUGCGUUGAUGGACAAUGGACAAUGAACAUGAACCUGAACAUGUGGCAAUUGGCGGGUGCCAGUUCCCAAAAUGAUAAAUCUGCCUCGAGAAUGGGACCUUGCACUUGGCCGUGGAGAUUCGUUCCGAUAUGGUUGGAAAGGGUGACUUACGAUGUAAUCUCAGGACUUCUCCGUCCGAAUGGUAUAAAGGCCUUUGUUAUCCCGCAAGGACUCGUUCUUUUUCCGCCAUUUCCGUUUUCCUCCUUAUUCCUUACCUACCCUUGUCCUUUGUGUGCUCUCCGUUGGGAUAAGCGAUCCCCCACUCAUGACAGAGUCGGUUAUCAACUCUCAAGACAUCCGACAGUACUGGAGUACGCAGGACAGGGUCAAUCACUGGGUCGAAGAGCAUCAUGGAUUAAUCUUCAAUUCCCCAAACAUCCCUCCCUCUGAAUUGGAUGGUGAGGAUGGUGCCCUCUCUUGUGGUGUUUCCGAAGUAGAGAGCUCUCAUUCGCUUCCUCCGAAGCUGAUGCUACGUUACCCCGACGGUAAAGAAAUCCCAAUUCCUCAUCCUUCGAGUCCAAAGGACGGAGGCUCUCGAAACCCAAGUCUAGGAAAGGAUUCGAGCCCAGGACUACAUUCUUCGCAUCGUUCUAGGUCGGGCUCAGCUCCUUCAGGACAUUCCCUAAAUCAUCCCACAUCGCCACAUUCCGAUCACCAUGUGAGGGAACGGGAACGAUUGAGAUCGCGUUCUCCUGAAGAAAUCCGAAUUCUUCCCUCUGACCAUGCCCCAGAAACCAUGAUACACGACGGUUCCCGCAAUGGCAGUCAUGCGUCUCAUCAUUCCAAUCGCACCCGUUCACGUUCGUUACCCCGAGACGCCUCUCUUCAGGAGGAAAUCCAUAUCGACGAGCCUCUGCCCUCACCCCCACAUUCUCAUUCUUCACGCAUUCACGGCGCAGCAUACCCCAGUCCUCUAGGACCUCCCAUAAAAGUACUAAGGACACCGCCACCCGAUCCCAAACUCAAUUUCGCGCGUUCGCAACCUACUGCAUGGCAUCCAUAUACCAACGGCUCGAGGAUGGCACCGUUGUCCAUGAACCCUCACCGCCAUGUUCACCAUCCGAAACACAUGCCGCCCGCAAUUAUCUAUGCCCCGUCAAACAAUUCCCGCAAUCAUUAUAACCCACCCGCAAUAUAUUCCUACCCUCCGAAUUUCGGACCUGAUGGGGUCAUGUAUAGUCACUCUAUUCCACCUGCGCGGAUGUAUCAUCAUGCGGGAGGGACAUAUCCUUCGGCAGCAAGGGGAGUACCGUCUUCUGCGGGGCAUCAUCCACCUCCACAACCUUACCCAUCCCAUCCCUCAAAAGAUCGCACGGAGGAGCGGCAUCGUGGGUCAGUUGAUGAGAAGCAGCAUGCCCAGGUCUCGCGAGGAACGAACGGGAGUAGCAAGAGUAAAAAGUCAAGUAAAAGCAGGAAAUCCGGUCACGAUCGGUCGAAAUCCCUACCACUACAGGAAACAUUCAAAACGCCGGCCGAAACGCCAGCGCGCCCGCCGUCACCGUCUGGCAGUGACGCCUCAGGAAGUACGUAUUAUGUCCUUCCAACUAGGAAGCAGAAAGUCCAUGUUUUGCGCCCAAACCAAGCAGCUGGCUCAAUACAUACUGCCACAUCUUCUACCAAGUCACCAACAACUCCCGUUUCACCGACAGGCAGUCUCAAAAAACCUCUUUUUGCUCGUUUACGAGGAUUAGCUGAACGACUCUCCUCUGGGGGAUCAGACAAAAGUCUUCGUAGGCGACACUCGACAGGGAAUUCUAGUUCGAGCCAAGAGAAGCCAGCUCCUGGACGGUCAUGAUCUUACAGGGUUGGGAAGGCCGGUAUCUUUAUGGGGUGUCUGUAAUCUGUAAUGUGCCUGGACGUGAGGCAAGCUCGUUAUAGUUUGCUCCAGGCGGAGCGAAAACCUUACUAUGUCUGGCAUAGGAGCCGGACGCUCGUUUUUUCCGGUUCGUAACCCUAUCCACACCUAUCCACUGCUUUUCGCUUUUUAUUACCUUUCUUUCGACUGCACAAGGGACACUUUUCUACAGUAUCCAUUGGCGAUCUCGUCAAUUUUCUACCGCUUCAAUCUGACCCUCACGUUCAUUUCGCGAAAUGAAAUCAUUAGCACUCGUUGUUUCUUCCGGUUUCUGUUCUUUUUCUGAUGAUCUCCCUGGUUCUCACCAAUAGCUGUAUCAUACGUGUCCUUCCAUCGUACCCUCUUUCCCCAGCUGAGGAACCUCUUUGUUUGAUCACUUAUCUCCGUACCUGGUCCCUUUUCAUUACCAUCCGAGUUUUCCCUUCUAUUCACGGCUUUUAGUAGGUAUAUGGUCUUGUCUUCCCCCAGCGUUCUCGUUCCGUUUCCCCAAUGUUGUUGUACCGUAAUGUACAAUGCUUCUUCACUCUUCUUCACUCAAUGUACACUACUACAUUACUACAUCUCUCUGUCAUCAUAUAGUCAGCUAGAAAAUUUAGAUGCGGUGAUUAGAGAUACGUUAUCC